AUGAAUCCAUUGUGUCAGCUCCGUCAAUGGAGUCCGGAGGAUAUCAGUCGAUUGAUGAAAUCCAAAGGGAUCAUUCAAGAUGUCGAGGGAGAGUGUUCCUUCAAGGUGUACGGACAGUCUCGCAAGGGUUCCAACGUUGCUGCGCACUAUCGUAUUCCCCUCCAUGCGCUGAACAAGAGAUUUGGUCUCUAUAGGAAGAUCGUGGCCCACCUCGAUGCUUCAUCCCAUCACAAAGCUGCUCACAUGCGCGACAUGUAUCUGUCGAUCAUGGCCUACAUGAACGAUGUGCGGAUUGCAUUCAUGGAGGAUGCUGCACAAUCCAAAGAUCCAUUACACGGCGACUUCAGAUCUCCAGCUCUCGAUUAUUAUCUCUGGUUGGAUCAUACAAGCGGUGGCUUUCACGCUGAGUAUCGUGAGGCCCUGGAAGAAACUCAUGGGGUGACCUUUGAACGCCUACGGAACGGGACAUGUUCUGAUAUACUUGUGUUUCUUGAUUGGCGUGCAUAUCACAAUAAGGAAUGCAAGGAGCAUGAUUGCUGUGGGGCAUUGCAGGGUUGCGGUGGUGGCGAAGAUCUCCAGCACUUGCUUCACGCAGUCGACGCCUCUCUUGAUGCUCCCAAUGCUCCAGUGGACCCAGAAGCGGGUACUGAACCUAUCGGUUCGACACAUUCCGGACAUGCUACCGCUCCGAUGGUGGCUGAAUCAGUUGGCGCAGAUGCACCAUCAAAUCCAUUUCCACCAUUCCCACACCCUUUCGACGAGGAUUGCCGAAUGUUGGCUCUGCGUACCCUUGGUCGGCAUGCGCGCCAGAUGCUCGUUGGUGGGUUUGGAAGAUGGUUGCCCAGCCAUAUUGCGAUGCGGCUUCGAGAAAUCCAAGGAUUUGAUCAUACCGAGUCUUUGGACGAUCUGGUAACGAAUGGUGUACUCAUCACAGCACGAAGUCAUGCGGAGUUCCUCGAGAUUUAUGGGAUGGCGGAGAUGAUGGCCAAGUGCCAGGACUUAUUGGUCGACCGUGGUAGCAUGGCACGAUUCUUCAGUGUAGUUGGCCACGCACUCUACACAACCUGCCAGGGUUCUGAAUGCUCCGUCGAGUAUGGCCAAGAUUUUGUGUUCUCGAUUGGACAGCCGGAACACCUUCAUGCGCUGACUUCGUCCAGGAACGGCUCGCGUGUACAAUGUGGUGCACCGACUGAUGUGGAGAAGCAAGACCAUCCAUCAGAUUCUGGACCGAAAGACGAACCGCAGCAUGGACUAGCCGUUGAUAUCAAAGUUGACCUCACACACGUCGCUCCACAGGACAUGCGCUCGUUUGAGGAACGCGAGGUACAAACAGACCUUGAUAUUCGAGAUGAACCCAGAGUCAUCCACUCCAACAGUCAUGCGCCCGAGCCAGGACGUCAAGCGGACAUGAUUGUCGACAAUCUUCGCCCUUCCAUGCACCAAAUCCCAAUAGACCUGCAAUCCAAUUCUGCUCUAGUCCGACGACCUGACGAGCACGAUCACCGCACAUACGCAGUAUGUAGUCCAAUACGAAGGCGAGUCAUUCAUCCACUCCAGCAGUCGUGUUCCUGA